AUGAAGAUCGGCACAACGUUUGCCGCAGUCGGCCAUGACGAAAUCCCCGAAGCUCCCAGCACAUCGCCCUUCUUUUUCUACCCACCUAACCAACCUGACAACUCUACACCCUGUCUUUACCCGAACCUCAACCCCUCCACGAUGUUCGCCGCUCGCCGCUUCGCUACCAAUGUUCCCCGCAUCCGGGCCCAGGCUGCCUUCUUCCACAAGACUGCGCCCGCCUUCGUCCAGAAGGGCGAUGCUAUCCCCGACCUGAAUGUUCUCGUUGAGAACUCCCCCGGCAACCAGGUCAACCUCGCCAAGGAGCUUAAGGGCAAGGGUGUUAUUGUCGGCGUUCCAGCUGCUUUUAGCCCCGCCUGCUCCAGCACCCACGUCCCCGGCUUCAUCAACCACCCUAAGCUCAAGGAGGCCGGUCAGGUCUUUGUCGUCGCCGUCAACGACCCAUUCGUCACCAAGGCUUGGGCCGAGUCCCUUGACCCCAACGGCAAGAGCGGCAUCCGCUUCCUGGGUGACCCGACCGCCAAAUUCAGCGAGGCUCUUGACCUGACCUUCGACAGCACCGCCAUCUUCGGCAACAUCCGUAGUAAGCGCUAUGCUCUGCUCGUCGAGGACGGCAAGGUGAAGGAGGCCUUUGUGGAGCCCGACAACGCCGGUCUCAAUGUCUCCGCUGCCGAGAAGGUUCUCGCUUAA